CACGAUUCACCGUUUCUCGACAACGCUCGCCCCCUAAACAAUGGGCUGAGCCAGCCCGAAUGGCCCUUGUACCUCGAUCGCCUUCCAUGCACAGCCGAUUAAUGGGCACUCGUAUUCCUCAUCCUGCCUCGACUCGAUUCAACGAGAGCGACGAGUUUCCCUCCCCGCCCUCGAAGCGAGUUAAGACGACCACGUCGAAUGGCGCAAGUAGCCCAAAGCGAGACUCACCCAGGAAACCACUGCCGAAGCGAGCCAGUCGAAAUGAGAUCCCCGACUCAGAAGAUGAGGAACAAGACAUGGACGAAGGCGGGGUGGAACUCCCAAGCGUGCCUCAAGCCACUCAAUUGGAGGCUACACUACCACCUGUCCAGACAGACGAGGAAGCGAUUGAAGCCUAUGAGGCUUACAAGGCGGGUGAACAUGUGCGAGAAGGCAAACCAGAUGAGGGCACAACGCUGUCUCGAUUGGAAUCAAGGUCCUGGAUAAGAGGGCGAAGUUCGAUAUAUGUCGAUGCGUUCAACCUUUCCCUUGACACUGUUCUGGAGGAAGAAGGGCACCUUUUCAACGAGGCGGAACACAGCCUCUUCAAAAUAUGGCGAGAUCUGGCCUACGAAGCACAAUAUCUCUAUGUCAGACUAUUCCUGAGAAAAACCAAUAAAUGGUUUCGAGUCAAGGACUUGCAGUACUACAGCGAUGUAGCAGAUAUCGAUGCGGCAGUGGCAGAACUGCAAAAGGAAAGAGCCCUUCCCACGGUCGAAGCUGAACCUGAGAUCCAUCCUGGGGAGUUGGAACCACCCGAAGGGACUGUGCUGGGCGAAAGUGUUGCCCUCGCGGAGUGCUCGUCGGAGCAUAUCACGAGUUUGGACGAAGCAAGCAGUCUUCUACUUCUCGACGAGCUGAAGACACUAGCAAAGGAAGCGAAAGUACAGGGGAAGAACAAGCGUGAGCUAUUGCAGAACUUUCGUCGAACCAGUGGCAGACAGAGAGGACUCGGGUUCAAGGAUUUGAAACGGGCAGACACGCAAGAUACCACAUCUGCAAUGUCCGAAGACGGCACCUCUGUCUGCGAGGACGAAGACGACGAAAGUUCUGGAUCUAGAACUCCGAUACUCAAUAAUCGAGAUGCACACUUCACCAAGAAAAUCCUCGAUCACACGGGGCGCUGCAUUCGAUUAUCCCUGACGCCAUUAAAACUGUUCGAACGAGUUCAUCUUGUCUUCUACCGCAGCACCGAGUGGACCGAGAAGAGCCUGACCACCUUGAUACUAGCGAAAAUCUCGCGGCGAAAUUUCCCCGAGUAUCUAGUCAGCCGGUCAACCACAAUUUUCGAGUCAAGAUCUCUGCUUCUCGAAUUCGAAGCAAGUCUCCGCACACAGUUCAAGGUCGACAACAUCCUCGAGUUCAAUGGCACUCCAGGCCGCAAGUCCCUCGAAGAAGUCAAAGAGAUAUUUGAAGCUGUCUACCCACGCUGGAAGGUCCUUCUGGCCGAAGAACAAAGCAAAGAAGAACGCGUCUACGAGAGUGGCGAAGGUGCUUACCUACGCCGCUUCAGUCCCGCGUGGGUGUACACCCGGAUCGUGCACAAAGGUCUUCAACCACUAGCGAGGUUCAAGGAGCAUCUACGCGAACACGAAAUUCUGACAGAAUUGCUCAACCAGCGCCUCUUCCACGCUUCUCGGCGUGGGGCAUGGUACCAGCGCAAAGCACUCCUACAGGAACACUACAUGCACGCUCUCACUCCGGCCGAGGGUCGAAGUCAGGAAGCGAGCAAGAAGCACUGGAAGCGAGUAGCACUGGCGACAUGCGAGCAGGGCCUGCAGGACAAGGAAUGCCACGUGAUAUACCACUACGAUCUGCAAAAACGUAUCAAGAAACUGGAAAAACAACUCCGUGUGCCAGUCCGCGAACAGCACGACUUCGGCCACGUCAGACUCGCGAAACCUUUUGAGCGCGACGUCGUGGGUAUCAAGAUCGAGAAGGACCGAGACGAUACACCAUCAUCACGCAGUCUCAGUCUCAGUCGGAUGAACAGCGUCAACAAUAAACAACCACUCCCCAGCACCAACACUGGAGAUACGAACGGCACCAGCCACCCAGCCGGCACGGCUAAAGUGCCACCAACCCUACAACACCAACCCAGCACCUCCGGUGGUGGUCCUGGGUCCAAGACCAUCUGGCUCGACACGCUCGACACGAAUGAACACGUCAGCGUCGAGGCGAUGUGCUUGUCCCAUUACCGCCACGUACUAGGGUACAAGGGCUAUCACAGCGAAGGCGGGAUCCUGCGCACGAUAUUCGGCCUCCUUUUCUACGACAUACUCUUCUUCAACCCGUACAUUCCAAAUGUGUUCCAGACCGCGUACCAGACGUGUCCGCUGGACCUGCACACGGAUAGUUUCUUCUCGAGCCGGAUGCCCGAGAUCUUGGGGCGUGUGAACCAGAUCUCGAACGGCGAAGCCGUGGAGAUUGCUCGCCGAGUGUGGGAUGAGAACUGCGAGAGGAAGACGUGCAUCGUCGGCGUGCGCUGGGAUGCGUUCGACAGAGAUGAUCUGCUCGAGUUGGUUGGGUGCUGGGACGGGCAGGCUUUGGGUGUGGUGAUGCUGGUCAUGGCGCAGGAGUAUCAGAGUAGAGGUGGCGGUGUGCCAGAUUUGGUGCUUUGGAAGACCUUUCCGGGGUUCCCCGAAAGCAGUGAACAACGAGGCGAUGAUGACGACCAGAAUCGUGGCGUGAAGCAAGACCAUGCACAUCAAAGGAAUGAUGCCAGCGGAGAGGGCAAUGGGCAUGGGCGUGGCCGUGGCAGGGGGGAUGAGAAUGGCAAUGGAAAUGCCAGAGGAGAAGUUGUCUUUGUGGAAGUCAAGUCCGCGAAUGACCGGCUGAGUGAUACUCAACGACUUUGGAUUUCGGUGCUCCUGGGCGCAGGCGUGAAAGUCGAGCUAUGCCAUGCUGUUGCCGGUGAGAUACGGACUGUGUAAGCAGGCCCCUCGCAUGUCGGGUUUGGAGUGUGGUGUGGCGUGGCGUGGCAUAGUGUGGUGUAUGUGGUAACUGCGUACUCUGUCGCGAAGUACGUUAGUGUACAUAACUGAUACAUAC